AUGGCGACGAUGGGCGCGUCGACGACGCGAUCGGUGCGCGCGGGCGCGCGCGUCGGGCGAGGACGGGCGACGGCGACGCGGACGACGGCGACGCGACGAAUGAUCGACGGCGAUGCCGAGGCCGGGGACGGGACGUCGAGACGACGGGCGGUGGCGACGUUGAUGACGCUCGCGACGGGCGCGAUCGCGGUCGGACGCGCCGAGGCGGAGACCCCGCCGGAGUUCGUGGACGAGACGCGGGAGAUCAUCGACAUGACGCGACAAAUCUUGACGGGGGCGAAGAGCGACGACGCGUAUCUGGAUAACUUUCAGGAUAAGCGCCGGGCGUGGUUCGCGAAGUAUCAGUACCAUCACGGGAAGUCGUUCUAUGGAUACGCGAACACGUGGAACGCGCAGGCGAAGGUCGGGGUGCAGAUCGCGGUGAACCGAGAGAACGGGGUGCCGUACGACUACGCGCACACCGUGUACAACAAGGAUUACUUGUUGAAGAUUUUGGAAAAGGGAGAGGCUGAAUUGCUCGACAUGCAAUCGCGAAACGCGCUCUGA